CAGCAAGAAAGCCUCGACGGUCGUCACAGGUUGCUCGUUUGGUAAACACAACUGCAGAAAUCCAACAGUCAUGUCUGAGAAGAUUGCAACUCAAACUGCCUCAAGCACAGCCUACCCUGGCUACCCUCAAUCUCGGAUGCCGUACGCUGGGUCAAGCUAUCAACCUUACGCUGGAGGUAUGAACAUGACCAAUACCAAUCCAUUGGCCAGCAUGCAGAACCUCAAGGCUACCCUUCCAUCAUCUGGACAAAUGGACAACGAGGUCAAUGGCACCGGUCGUCAAGGCUACAAUAGUCCAAUGAUGGUUCUUCCUUCGGGUCAGACCGUCCCACUCAGCAGCUUCUAUGGUCAAAAUCAGACCUCAGCUGCAGACACCGCCUCACAGCUGCCCUACCUGCCUACUGGAAUGUUCCCUAGCUUCAUGGGAAACAACAUGGGUGCUGGUACUCUCCCUGCCUACGGCUGGCCCUAUGGCAUGGCUUCUAAUGUCAACGGCUUUGACCCUACUCGUCGAGCCUCCUGGUCAUCUAAUGAAGAGAACGCUCCCAACAAUCCGGCUGUUGCUCUCCAAGGACAAUCAGACUACUAUCCAGGCUUCCCUUACCUGUCCACGACUUCCACUAGUGCACACUACAUUGCUGGUCCCAUCCAGCCUAUGAAGUGCUCCGACAACAAGUCAUACGAAAUGGUCAAUCUUGACGAACUCGUCGCUCGUGAUCCACCGAUUCCUCGUGCUGUCCCAGCUUUGUGGACCAACCAAGAGGAACUCAGUCUUGCCAAAUGCCUUCAGAAUCCAGAGGGCAUCACCAAUGUGUACAUCCGCGGCUUCAUGCCAGAUACCACAGACGAAGACCUCGAACAUUGGGCUUCCCGCUUUGGUGAGAUCGAAUCAUGCAAAGCCAUCAUUGAACAAGACACUGGCAAAUGCAAAGGCUUUGGCUUCGUCAUGUACUACUCUCCUGCUGCUGCAGAGAAUUGUAUUCGAGGGUUCUUCCAUCUUGGUUUCCAAGCCAGCUAUGCCCAGAAAUCCCGCAAUUCCCGUCUGAAAGAUCUCGAAGACAGAAAUUCCACCAACGUCUACUGCACCGGUGUCCCUAUUGAUUGGAACGAAUCGGACCUUGCUAAGCACUUCCUCCCUUACCGGGCCGUUUCCACCAAGAUAUGCCGAGAUGUGCCUUCUGGAGUCAGCAAAGAGGUCGGCUUCGCCAGGUUCGAAAGUCGGGAGAUUGCCGAACGUGUCAUCAAAGAAUACCACUCCGCCCUCACCGACCAUGACGGUGUCAAGCUGUUCCUUCGAUUCGCCGACACCAAAGCCCAGAAGCAACUCAAGCAACAGAGUCAAGAACGUCGCAACUGGCGCAGUCGCGAAUACAGCUAUUCGGUUGAACACACCCCGUCGCCAACCUUGACUCGCCUUCAAAACAUGGGCAACCACAUCAGUCCAAAUGGCAGCUACCAGUCACCCGCUGGAGCUAGCAAUAACUUCACCCCAGCGACGUCAGUCUCUCCGGCUGACAUGCCUGGUGUCAACAAACCAGUCAGUGCGACUCGCAGCUCCCAAUGGCCAAUGCAAGGUGGACUUCAGUCUAUCACCAACACCACAACCGUCCGCACUAAUAUUCCAGUCACGGCAGCUUCCAACGGCUACAUCGAAAUCCCUCCAAAGACUGCGAGCAUUCUUCCAAUCGUCCCGGACACUGGUGAAUCCACUCGGAAGACACCCAGCCCAAAGAAAGUCACUAUCAAAAUUGAGCCUGCAAGUGGCAAGGAGAACCUCACCAACACUCCGCAGUCCAACAAAUGAGCCAACCACGUCAAUGACACUGAGGACUUACUAUUGCUUCCAAUCAUUUUUGGUCUGCAUUCCGUUCUUGGUCGGCUGGUACUUUCAUCUUGUCUUCUUUUGCUCAUUCUUGCUAUGAACAUGUGCAACAUCCGCUGGAGCACACCUUUUUGCUACCAGUGCAGAUACUCAGCAUCGACCAUCGCGUAUCACAGGACAUCUCUACUUGUUGCAUGGAUGAUACCGGGAAAUAUCAGCUAUCCAAUGUCUUGAUAUGACAGGAGCAGGAACAAAAGUUUAAAGGUAUAUGUACCAAGAGCUUUCAUGAAUUAGCCGAGUAUGGUGCUUCUGACCGGCAUGAGCGAUAUGGCUGUAGAAAGGGAAUACAAUACAUUGUGCCCCUUUGAUCAAAG